AUGCAGUGCAAGAACAGCCUCAAGAAUAUGACGCUGGCGGUGCUGAACUACGAGAACACCUACGGUGGGCUCCCCCCCUGCACCGACGCCGAGACGGGCAGCACCCCUCGGUUCGCCAAUGUUGACCUGAUCGAGCCCUACCUGAGCUGGGCGGUGCGGGUGCUCCCGUACGUCGAAGAGCAAACGCUCGCUGAUCAGUUUGAUCUGAGUUUGCGGGCAGACAAGCAGGACGUCACGCUCGCCCCGGGCAAGAACCAAAUGUCCGCGAUGAUGUGCCCCUCCGACGGCGCCGUGGGCAGGGUGUAUUCCCCUGACCGCAGGAACCCAAAUCUAAGCUUCGCUAAAGGCAAUAUUGUCGCUUACGUGAGCCCAGAGCACGUGAACGGCAUGCGGGUGUACCCGGGCGCACUGAUCAACGAGGUCCAUCCGCUCGCCCGAUUCACGGACGGGACUACCAACACAUUGAUGCUCACCGAGGUCAGGACCAGAGACAACGCCAACGAUCCGCGUGGCGUGUGGUCGGCGGCCUACUGCGGCGGCAGCAUCAUCAGCUACGACAUGCACUCCAGCGACGACCCCAUCGGGACUCUCCAGACACGCAACGCGGACUACAACCCAUUCCGCAACGUCGACAUUGACGCGUUUACCCCCAACUCCACGCCGACCGGCAAUAGCGAUCGGCUGCGUGAGUGCCCAGACCGUGAGGUGGCGGACCUGGAGCUUAUGCCCUGCAGCGUUGACAACGGCACCUGGACCGGCGCUUCGCCCCGCAGCAUGCACCCCGGCGGCGUUAACGCGUCGCUGGUGGACGGCAGCGUCACCUGGCUGCCCGACGACAUCGAUCGGUACCUGAUGAUAUUCACUGGUCAGUCCACGUGGACCCCUGACAAGGCGCAGCAGUGGGCCGACGUCAAGGACCGCCUCCACAAUCUUAGCUUCGUCGUAAACAGUCCUAGCCCGCCCCGCCGGCACGGCAGCAUCGAAGAGGCCCGUGCCGAAUACGACAAGGUCAAGGCGAUUGCGGAGCAGUUGCGGUCAGAGUUCGAUAACGCGUACAACGGCCCCCGAGUCACCGCCACCUGGCUCAAGUGGUCCGGCGUCGGGUUCUUUGCUUUAGGGAUCGUCGCAAACUACGGCAUCAAGAACCCAGAUGAGUAG